AUGACAUCUCCGGGCCUGACUGCUAAGCAUACAGGUAGACGGAAGGAUAAGAUUCUACUAUCACCAGUCACUAAAUAUGUCCUUUCAACGUUUCUGCUGGGAACACUGUUCGUAACUGGUGUUUACGUUACGAUGCUUUUUCUUACAAUAAAUGAGAAUGAUUUGGCUGGAACAUGUGAAGUGCCUUCGAUUUAUCAGGUGAACUGUUUACCCGGCCGGCAAACUACGUAUGAAAAAUGCACGGGAAUAGGAUGCUGUUUUGAUGAAACAUCGCAGAGAUGCUACCACGCUGUACCCUCUAGAUAUGGAUACAUAAAGGAUACAAGUAAUUCUAGUGUUCUGCGACCAAAGGAAAAAACGAGUCCACUCGGCAGGGAAAAUAAACCUGUCACCGUUCACAUCAACUGUAUCGAUGCAGAGCACAUCCAAAUAAAUAUAAGUUUGCUUGUGCAACUACAAAAAGUACAUUACGCCGGAACGGAACAUGUGAAACGACCAGAAAAUUCACUCCACUGCAUGUCUAAAAAUUCUGUGAAGAGUAUCCAAGUAGACCAUGAUUUCAAUUCAAAGGGACUAUUCGCUAUAACGCUCACACGUGGCAACAAAUCGGUAAUGACGACAUCUAAAGGACCUUUCAUUAUCACCGAUACCUAUUGGGAAUGGAGUUUGUUGCUAGGUAGCUCGUCUGUCUAUGGAUUGAAUUCAGUUGAAUUAAAUGGAACAUUUAAUUGGGUUUACAACAACAAAGAUAAUACUGUAAUUCCUGGAUUUUUGGGGAUCACAGAUGAUGGCGUGGGAAUUGGUUGUUACAUUGAGUACAAAGGGCCUAUGGAAAUUGAGGUAUUGCAGUCUAAUAUCAUUAUCUUAAGAGGAAUGUCGAUGCCAGAGACACUAUCAAUCCAUAUCUUUUCUGGAGAAACUCCACAGAAUGUGACCAAACAAUUUGCAGCCUUAGUAAGGAAAGAACAAACAACUGAAGUCACUCUGUCGAAUCUCGGUCUACACAUCUGUCCUGAGGAAGAGCAGGAUAUAACUGAAGAAGAUUUGAAGUGGAUAAUCAAUUAUAUGGAAAGUCAAGGUGCCCCCUGGGACAGUUACUGCAUUCACAAAAAGUUCUAUCCCACUCUGGACAGAGUCCUGGGUCAAGCUGAGCAGGAACUUCGAAAAAAAAUUGAAAAAGUUCUCAAUAAAAGAGGAAAAACCGUUUUGUAUCACGUUUCUAAUUUGUGUUCAUAUGGAAAGAGUAAUUUAGCUUCUGAACUCGCAGAACAGUCUUUGUUACUGGAGAAUGUUCAUGGAGCUUAUGUAGGAAUAAGCGACAACGAAAGUGUUGUCUAUCCCAACUGGCUGGAUGAACGAACUAUCAAGAUGUACGAUGCUGAAAUUAAAAAAUAUCUUCAAGAUUCUUCUGCUUUAAAGUUCCUUUAUCUGCGUGACCUAUGGCCCAGGGAUGAUUCAAAUAUUACGACGGAUUUUUCUAAGUUCGAUUAUAUUCCAAAGGAAUUGCAUACUCUCAUGUCAAAGGGAUCGAUUCCUAUUGAAUUAUUUUCAUUGACAGAAGAGUCCCAUUAUAAAGUCCAUAAUGGAUAUGCCAGAGAAUUUCAAGCUUUUGUAGGAAAAUACGCGAAUUCAAUACAAGUGGAGCUGUGGAAUGAGGACACUUCCAGCGGAUGGCUUACAUUGAAGAAAAUUCUCAAUCGAGGCAUUGCAAGUGGUCUUCUUGGGCAACUACCAUCGGCCAUCUAUAUGUGCAGUGUCACGUUGCCGUCUAAUGAUGAUUUGUGUCAAAGAUGGUACGGACUCGGCGUUGUAUUUCCUCAUCUUCUUGCUAUUCCACAAAACAUCCCGGGUGGUGCUUGGUUGAGCAGUGGUACCUCAAUAUAUAUUGCGAAACUGCUUAGACUCCGAGCGAGUUUUGUGACCUAUCAAUAUAGUACGAUCACAGAGUAUUACUACAGUGGAGCUCCAAUUUUGGCGCCCACGCACUUCCAUUAUCCUGAAGAUGUCUACGUCAAAUACAUGGCAAAUCAAUUUAUGUGGGGUGGAAGUAUACUUGUUGGCGUGGUAACCCUUCCGAAGACGUUUCAACUGCAGAUGCAUAUCCCAGGAGUGGACUCCUGGCGACAUCUUCAAGGAGGACAGGAGGUCAAACCAACCGGUAGGAAGAGCAUUUCGGUGUCCAUCCUCGAGGGAGAAAUCGUAACCCUCCUACGUCCAGGUCACAUUAUUCCUUUCCACGAGAAUCCAGGUCUGACGACCAUGGAGACUCUUCAUAGUCCCUUGAAAUUAAUCUGCAAUCUAGCUUGCGUCGCGGGAAAGUAUCAAGCUGAAGGGAAAAUCUUCUACGACCGAGAUGCAUUCCUCAACGUCAUGUUUAAUGAUACUUUCCUUCAAUUAAAAAGAGUCAUCACUGCUGAGACUGGGGUAUGCCCGAAUCGAACCACGAUUUUGAUUAAUUCCUUGGAAAUUCUGGGACGUAAAUCUAUAUAUACCAUUGGCUUGAAUGUUUCAUUUUGUGAUUUUUAUGAACAAACAUAUUCAUUCAUAAUUUAGGGAGAUUUGAAUAAUGUUAAUUUUGCUGUCAAAGUGCUGAAAAUGUUCCCGAAUCAAACUGAUAAAAUUUUACACAGAUGGCUUCCUGCAUAUCUCUGUAGAUUUCUCUGGACAUACUUGCAAAAUAAUAUGAAACUCAGACUUAAAUUUUUCCUCAUUCUUUACUGGAAAGAGUGAGAAUAUUGAAGAGAACUGUGAAAAUUUGCUCUUCUACUACAUAUAUACAUUGCCCGCCCGACCAGGAGAAUUUUGUGGAAGAGCAAAAGUAAUUUAUCAACUUUAAAUUAUACGAUCACGAAAAAAUAUCAUUCAGUUUUCCAUCAUUAUUUUAAUUGUUACUAGAGAACAUCCGUUUCAAUAUGUUUACAUCUAUAAUGCAAAUUUCUCUUAUCCAUAAUUUCAAAUUCACUAUAGAGCUAGAUGAAAAUCAAUUUGAUCUUCAGCGAAGGAUGCCGUUGACUAUUUACUAUAAAUAAGCUCCCGUUGUAUGAAAAUAGAGAGCACUGCAUUGUCUUGAGAACAGUGCAAUAGUAAUUAGAAUGGGGAAAUAAAUCCGCAAAAUUUGAAGUAAAUUUGUGUGAUCAGAAUGACAAGUAUCCAAAUGCAAUAAAAGAGUAUGCUUAGA